GUCUGCUCAUAAUUCGUCGUAUACAGAGGCUCACUCAUCAUGGCAUUAAGGAGUGCGAGUCGUCUGCUUGUGAACAGCCAGAGAGGUGUCCUCUUUACAGCUUGCAGGUCACAGAAAACUGCUGCGGCUUCUCCAUGGGAUGCAGAGAAGUCUGGUGAAAAGAAGCAAGUGAAAACACCUAAAGUGCAGUUUGACUGGCGUGAUGCGUUGGAGCUGGAGGGUCUCCUGACGGAGGAGGAGGUCAUGAUUCGAGACUCUUUUCGCACUUACUGCCAGGAGAAACUCAUGCCGCGUAUCCUGAUGGCCAACAGAAAUGAAGUUUUUCAUCGUGAGAUUGUGUCUGAGAUGGGGGAACUGGGUGUUUUGGGCCCAACUAUUAAAGGUUACGGCUGUGCUGGCACAAGUUAUGUGGCGUACGGUCUCAUCGCUCGCGAGGUGGAGCGAGUGGACAGCGGCUAUCGCUCGGUCAUGAGUGUGCAGUCCUCUCUGGUCAUGCACCCCAUCAACGCUUACGGCACCGAGGCACAGAAGCAGAAAUACCUGCCCAGACUGGCACAAGGAGAGAUUCUAGGUUGCUUUGGACUGACGGAGCCAAACCACGGCAGUGACCCGGGCGGCAUGGAGACCAGAGCCAAGUACAACCCGUCCAGUCGCACCUUCACCCUCACCGGCUCUAAGACCUGGAUUACGAACUCACCCGUGGCUGAUAUCUGUGUGGUUUGGGCCAAAUGCGAGGACGGGAAGGUGCGUGGUUUCAUCCUGGAGCGUGGCAUGAAGGGUCUGUCCACCCCGCAGAUCGAGGGCAAGUUUUCUCUGCGGGCUUCAGCCACCGGCAUGAUCAUCAUGGACGAGGUGGAAGUGCCAGAGGAAAACCUGCUGCCCAAAGUUUCAGGACUGGCGGGUCCAUUCGGGUGUCUGAAUAACGCUCGCUAUGGCAUCGCUUGGGGAGCUCUGGGAGCCGCAGAGUUUUGUUUCCACGCCGCACGACAGUACACACUGGACAGGAUCCAGUUUGGAGUUCCUCUAGCCAGAAACCAGCUGAUCCAGAAGAAGAUGGCAGACAUGCUGACCGAGAUCACCAUUGGCCUGCAGUCGUGUCUGCAGCUGGGCCGACUGAUAGAUGACAAAAAAGCGGCUCCAGAGAUGAUAUCUAUGCUGAAGAGGAACUCCUGCGGGAAAGCCCUGGAUAUCGCUAGACACGCCCGAGAUAUGCUGGGAGGAAACGGCAUCGCAGACGAGUAUCACGUCAUUCGUCACGUCCUGAACCUGGAAGCCGUCAACACUUAUGAAGGUACCCAUGACAUCCAUGCCCUGAUCCUGGGCAGAGCCAUCACUGGACUGCAGUCCUUCACCGUGGACAAAUGAGCUGCCGUCUCCCUACUAUACACAUCAUUUACACUGACUUCUGCUGCCUUCGCCCUAAAGUAUUACCCAUUCAGUUCCUGAACGCUUGUAGAGUUUUUAUCAUUUACCAUUACAACUUAUUUGAAAUCUUUAAUAAAUUACAAUAUUCUCUGAAUCUGGUUAAAAAAAAACACGUGUUAGCAGUAUUUCAGGUACUGUAUAUGAUAAUUUAAUGUCUGUACUUUAUGUAGUCUUUGUCAGAUAUCUAUUUUUCUAUGUCCUCAUAACUAGAUCACAAGACUUUGAAUGAAAGUGUGACCGCAGUAGAUUUGUAAAGAAAUGCACCAAGGAUCGCAAAAAUGAAAAUGUGCAUGUUUUUCUUUGUACAUUGAUGUAUUAUAAAAAAAUCUCAAAGUGUUAGGCUGUUUUGAACAAAUUAUAUUUAAUGCAGGUGAAUAAAAUGUAAAAUAUUA